ACCCCUCUGCCUAGGCGGCGCUCUUGGCCCCGCCUCUUCCGGCUCGAAGCUGAGCCCCGCCCCCUUCGGAGGGAUUUGCUUCAUUGGAGGGAGGCCUUUCGGUCCUCGCAGCAUCAGGACAAUCUGGGAAAAAAAGAAAUUUUUUGAGACUUUGACCAGCCAGUGAUGGAAAAAAGAAGAAUCUGCUGAGCUUGAAUUAGGAAAACUGCCUUCUUGCUGUUCAGGCUGAGUGCACUGGAGGAUUCUGGGAAGGAAGGGCACAGCCCAACAUGAGGAAAGAGGUGCUGGGUUCAGAUCUCUGUCACCAACUCUUCAGGAAGUUCUGCUACGAGGAGGCCAACGGCCCCAGAAAGGUUUGCAGCCAACUCCACCACCUCUGCUGCCAAUGGCUGAAACCAGAAAAACACACAAAGACUCAGAUGCUGGACCUGGUAGUCCUGGAGCUGUUCCUGGCCAGCCUUCCUCUGGAGAUGGAGAGCUGGGUUCGGGAGUGUGGGGCGGAAACCACUUCCCAGGCCUUGGCCUUAGCGGAGGGCUUCCUUCUGAGUCAGGCGGAGGAGGAGGAGGAGCAGGAAGUGCAGCAGAACUUGGUUUUGAGAGGAGCAGCUGAGGCAGAGAAGGGUCGUUCUGAAACUGAGUGGAUCCUUCCAGACCGGGACAGAAUCUCCACCUCAAGAGAGGGAACAAAGGCAUGGACAACCCACACAACACCAUCUCACAAUACCUUUGGUAUAGCUUCAACCAGAUUGGAGCAGGUGACCUUUGAAGAGGUGGCUGUGUUUUUCACGGAGGAGGAGUGGGCCUUGCUGAACCCAGGACAGUGGGCCCUGCACAGGGAAGUGAUGCAGGAGAAUUUGGGCCUGGUGUCCUCUCUGGGCGGAGAGGAGCAGUUGGGUGAAAUUGAAGGGAAACCAUUCAAGGCAUUGUCCAGAGGAUCCAAAUGUCAACAAAUGGAAAAGAAUGGAAGAAACCCUGACUCACAACAGAAGGGAAAGAACACAGCAUCAACUUCUGGGGUCUGUGGAAUCUCAGCCCAAGAAACAAGACAAAAAGGAAUAGGAAAUAAUAUAUACAUUUGUCUUCUGUGUGGGAGAAGCUUCUGUUUUAAAGCAAGCCUUAACUCCCAUGUGAGAACUCAUACAUGGGGAAAUCCUUUCAAUGAUGGUGAGUGUGGAAAGACCAUCAGUGUGAGAAAAGCCCUAAUAUCCCAUCGAAGAAUGUACUUGAGGAAGAAAUCAUUUAAAUGCUUGGAAUGCCAAAAAAGCUUCCGUAGGAAGGCAUACCUUGCUUAUCACCAGGCAACUCACACCAGACAGAAAACAUUUAAAUGCUUGGAGUGUGGAAAGAACUUCAAUCAGAAGUCACUCCUUAUUUAUCAUCAAAGAAGUCACACAGGAGAGAAGCCAUUUAAGUGCUUGGAGUGUGGGAAGACCUUCCAUCAGAAAGCUCUUCUCAGUUGUCACCAAGUGACACACAAAAAGGAGAAAGUCUUUCAGUGCUGGGAGUGUGGGAAAGGUUUUGUCCAGAAGACGCACUUAAUGCGCCAUCAGGAGUCUCACACAGGGGAGAAACCAUUCCAGUGCUUGGAAUGUGGGAAAAGCUUCAGCCGUAGGCACACUCUCUCAAGCCACCAAGCCAUUCACACAGGGGUGAAACCAUUUGAAUGCUUGGAGUGUGGAAAGAGCUUCAAGCGGAAGACAGAGCUCACUUCUCACCAAAGAGUUCACACAGGGGAGAAACCAUUUCACUGCUUGGAAUGUGGAAAGAGCUUCCGACGGAAGAUAUACCUCACAUAUCACCAGGCUGUCCAUACUGGACUGAAGCCAUUUAAAUGCCUUGAGUGUGGAAAGGGUUUUAUCCAAAAGACACACCUUGUUUGUCACCGAGCAAUUCACACGAGGGAGAAGUCGUUCAAAUGCUUUGAGUGUGGAGAGAGCUUCAGCGAGAAGUCACUCCUCAUUCAUCAUCAAAGAGGACACACAGGGGAGAAAGCCUUUAAAUGCUUGGAGUGUGGAAAGAGCUUCAGUCAUAAGUCACUCCUCACUUGCCAUCAAGUAGUUCAUUCAGGGGAGAAACCAUUUGAAUGCUCGGAGUGUGGAAAGUGCUUCAGCCGGAAGACGGAGCUCACUAAUCAUCAAAGGACUCAUUCAGGGGAGAAACCCUUUCAGUGCUUGGAGUGUGGAAAGAGUUUUAGCCGGAAGACAGAACUCACUUACCAUCAGGCAACUCAUACUGGGGAUAAGCCGUUCAAAUGCAUGAAAUGUGGGAAAAGUUUUGUUCAGAAGAGGUGCCUCAUUCGUCAUGAAGUAACUCAUUCAGGAGAGAAGCCCUUUAAAUGCUUGGAGUGUGGAAAGAGCUUCAGUCGGAAGGCACUCCUCACUUCUCAUCAAACUAUUCAUACGGGAGAGAAACCCUUUAAAUGCUUGGAGUGCGGAAAUGUUUUCCGUUGGAAGAUAAACCUAAUUCGUCACCAAGCAACUCAUAUAAAAGAGAAACGUUUUGGAUGCUUGCAGUGUGGAAAGAGCUUCAGUCAGAAGAAGUAUCUCACUUGUCACCUAGCAACACACACAGGACAGAAACCAUUUCAGUGCACGCAGUGUGGAUAUUGUUUUAAUCAGAAGUCACACCUUAUUCGUCAUCAAGCAACUCACACUGGGGAGAAAAUGUUUAAGUGCUCGCAAUGUGGAAAAAGCUUUAGUCAAAAGACUGACCUCACAUAUCAUCAGAGAAGUCAUACAGGGGAGAAACCUUUUCAGUGCUUGGAGUGUGGAAAAAGCUUCAGUAGGAAGACACACCUGACUUGCCAUCAAAGGAUUCACACAGGGCAGAAACCUUUCACAUGCUUGGAGUGUGGAAAGAGCUUUAGUCAGAAGGCAAACCUCACUUGUCAUCAAAGGCGGCACACGGGGGAGAAGCCCUUUCAGUGCUUGGAGUGUGGAAAGAGCUUCAGUCAGAAGUCGCUCCUCGUUCGCCAUGAACAAAGUCAUACCGGGGAGAAGCCGUUUCAGUGCUUGGAGUGUGGAAGGAGCUUCAGUCAGAAGUCACGCCUCGUUUAUCACAAAAGGAGCCACACCGGGGAGAAACCAUUUCAGUGUUUGGACUGCGGGAAGUCCUUCAGUCGGAAGGCAGACCUCACUUGUCAUCAACGUAGUCACAGUGGAGAGAAACCAUUCCAGAGCUUGCAGUGCGGAAAGAGCUUCAGCCGGAAGACAGAGCUCACUUGCCAUCAAAGAAUUCAUACCGGAGAGAAGCCAUUUCGCUGCUUGGAGUGUGGGAAGACAUUCAUUCAGAAGACGCACCUCACGCAUCAUCAAACAACUCACCUCAGGGAAUACCAAUUUCCAUUGAAGUAGAGACAUUAUAGAGCCCAUGGAGCCCUACUGUGGCAUUAGCAGCUUCUUUGGAGCUCUGCAGGACUUUAGUGCACUGUCAUAGCUGUCAUUUUUGCAAAUAGAAGCCUCACCCUGGACUUUCCACAAAUAUAUAAACCUUCCUUGCUUAGUUUCUCCAUACCUCACAACCUCUGAGGAUGCCUGCCAUAGAUGUGGGAGAAACGUCAGGAGAGAAUACUUCUGGAACAUGGCCAUACUGCCCAGAAAACAUACAACAACCCAGAAGCCACAUUACCUCUCUUCCAUUCACCUUUGAUAACAUUUAUAUAGAGACUGGCUGUGGUGCAGCUGAUUAGUAAAAGGUAAAGGUUUCCCUUGACGUUAAGUCCAGUAGUGACUGACUCUGGGGGUUGGUGCUCAUCUCCAUUUCUAAGCCGAAGAGCUGGCAUUGUCCAUAGACAUCUCCAGGUCAUGUGGCCAGCAUGACUGCAUGGAGCGCCGUUACCUUCCCGCCAAAAUGGUACCUAUUGAUCUAUUCACAUUUGCAUGUUUUCGAACUGCUAGGUUGGCAGGAGCUGGGGCUAACAGUGGGUGCUCAUUCCGCUCCCGGGAUUUGAACCUGGGACCUGUUGGUCCGCAAGUUCAGCAGAUCAACGCUUUAACACACUGUGCCACCAGGGGCCCUGGUUAGUAGCCAGCUGCAAUAAAUCACUACUGACCGAGAAGUCAUGAGUUUGAAGCCCGGGUCGGAUUGAGUGCCUGACCAUUAAGUAGCCUAGCCCGUUGUUUACCUAGCAACCCGAAAGACAGUUGCAUCUGUCAAGUAGGAAAAUGUAGGGACCGCUUAUGCAGGGAGGCUAAUUUAACUAAUUUACGUCACCAUAAAAAAUGUACAGUAUGCGUGUGGAAGAUGAAGUACUCCAUCAAGGACUUGGUGUCACAGUGGAUGAUGAAGCAGCAGCUCCCCCUGUGGCUUUGUGUGUGUCGUAUGUCUAAUGGCAUUGAAUGUUUGCCAUGUAAAUGUACAUUGUAAUCCACCUUAAGGCCCCUUCGGGAUGAGAAGGGCAGAAUAUAAAUACUAUAAAUAAAUAAAUAUUGGGGCUGGGAGACAUCCCCUAACAGCA